AUGUCUUCGACCAAUCAACCCAACACCAUUUUCUUGACUCCAGAGGAGGACGAGCGUAUGCGAAAAACGCUCAAGAUCAGAUUGCAAAAGUGUCAAUUGCUUGCGGGUCAGCCGCGAGUGACUAGCAAUCCGAAAUCAGGUCUGAAUCAAGUGGCAGCGGCGUCUCUGCUGUCAGACAUUGCUGCCGCACCCGACCGUGGGCUGAAAUCACAGAAAGCUCGGCCAGACACCGUGGUAGCUUUUGCCGUCGGUCGCCCGUACCCGCCCUGUACUCUCUUGCUCCAGGACCUUCAGCUCAUGAGAAUGUCUGAUCUUCGCAUAGAAACGCAUCAUCGUGGCCGCGUGCUCACUCUCCGGCGCGUGGCUCCCGUGGUCAAGCUUGUGGCGCUCUCUUGGACCGUCGUACAGGAAGAAUCCUCUGGUGAGACGGAGCGGCUAGAGGUAUCGUUGCAUAAGUCAAGGCACGGUCAAGAACUCUUAGAGUCGGGGUCUAUAUUUGAGGUUAAGGAACCUUAUUUCACCCUUAGCGACCAAGGUGAUCCCACCCUUCGAAUCGACCAUCCGUCAGACCUCGUUGUUUGCAAGGAUGUAUUUCGCACCGACAGUCCACGUUCUCCCACCGAGGAACUUGGCGAUUUGGAAGGAGCAGUUUCUGCCACAGCUCAUACGUCUCCUGCAGGGAAUACAGCUAGAGAGUGGAAGGAGGAAGGCAAUGCUGCACUUAAACAACAAAAUCUACUGCUGGCCCAUGAGAACUAUACCCAAGGGCUGCAGUUGGUCACAAGGGACGGCGCGGCGAAAGAAGACUUGGUCUGUGAUCUCUUCCGGAACCGUGCCUAUGUUAACCUCAUCCUGAAUCGCCUGGAUGAGGCAAGGGCGGAUGCACUGGCAUCUCUCACUGGCCUAGAAGACCAGAAGAACAAAGAACUUGACAGUAAGGCCUACUUCCGUGCCGGAUGUGCAGCAUACGACCUCGGCGAAUUCCAGGAAGCCAAGCGUUUUUUUGAAGAGCAGCAGAGGCUUACACCUGAUCGCAAAGAUGCAGCAGCUCGUCUACGGCAGACUGAAUUACGCAUUCAGGAGCAAGACACAGGCGUGUACGACUUUAAGAAAAUUAAGGCUGGCCUGUCAGUAGGUCGUCCACGAGUCGACGCCGCAAGCUUCACCCGUAAUGUCAGGGUCGGCGAGAGCCCUGGACGCGGCCGUGGCCUGUUUGCGAACCGCGAUAUAGACUCCGGCGAGAUCAUCAUAUGCGAGAAGACUUUCUGUGUAGUAUGGGGCCACGAAGAGGAAGCAUUGACAGCGAUGACCUAUGAUAGUCGCGACGACAGAAUAAGAGUUUCCCCUGCCGGCUUGUGUAAGGCGAUUGUGCAGAAGCUUCUAGACAAUCCCUCACAGGUUGGCAAAGUCAUGGACCUCUAUGGCGACUAUCAGGGUAUUGACAAGCAGCUCAUUAAGGAAGCCUCCGGCCUGGUGAUCGAUGCCUUCCAAGUCCAUGACAUCGUUUCGCGGAACGCUUUUGGACCAGGUUCUGUGUACUCCGGCCACCAUUAUGGAGAAGGAGAAUUUAACAACGCGAGCGCAGGCCUCUGGAUCCUGGCUUCAUAUAUCAAUCAUUCGUGUAUCUCAAAUUCGGAGAAGGAGUCCAUGGGCGACCUCAUGGUGCUGCGUGCCACUCGGCCGAUUAGCGCUAACGAGGAGAUUACGCACAGCUAUGAUGCAUCUAGCGACUACGAUGCAAGGACUGUAGCAUUGAUGAAUACAUGGGGCUUCACAUGCACUUGCACGCUGUGCAUUGCGGAGAAGGCAGAUGGCCCAGCUUUGCGGAAGAAGCGCCAAGAACUGGAAAAUGAGGCCAAUGCUUUGGUAGGGAGGGAUAUAGCGGUUAGGGCAAAGAGACUUUCAAUUAUAAAAGCCCGGCGCCUUGCUCGGUCCAUCAAUGAUACCUAUGAUGACGAGAGAUACAAAGACCUGCCUCGCAUGGCGCUUCUAAGAAUCCAGAAGUGGCUCGCCGAAGCUGCUACCACUCGAUAG